AUGAGGUUCAGACUCCCGAUUAAGCCGGAUGAGAUACCGGUGGACGAGAAGCAACAACCUAAUGAUGAUGAAGCUAACGUUACGCCACAGUCUGCGUCUAAGGAAGCGGCCACCUCCCGUGCUGAUCAAGUAGAUGAUGACAAGAGUGAUGUGGUCAACCCGGAGUUCCAGCAUGGUGUACAGAGCGCACAGGCCAUGACUCAGGUCUGGUCCAAACAGCAUUUGAUUUUGGCCUACGUGAUGAUCUGGAUUAUCUACUUUGUUAAGAACUUCGCGUUCGGCAUCAUCGGCACGUUGACUCCAUAUGUUACCAGCUCCUUCAAAGAACACUCGUUAACUGGGACUACCACCAUUCUUUCUACGCUUAUUGGCGGGCUGUUCAAACUUCCUUAUGCUAAACUGAUUGAUAUUUGGGGCCGUCCCCAGGGUUUCGCCUUGAUGAUCGCCUGCAUGACCGUUGGACUCAUUAUGAUGGCUGGGUGUAAUAAUGUUCAGACAUAUUGUGCGGCUCAAGUGUUCUACUCGGUGGGGUCUGCUGGUGUGGAUUUCACCCUGACCAUCUUCAUCGCCGAUACGUCGGCGCUGAAGAACCGGGCGUUCUGGCUCGGCUUUGUCGGUUCUCCGUACAUCGCUACAGUUUGGGCAUACGGUCCGGCGACGGAAGACAUCUUGAGUUCCAUGGGAUGGCGAUGGGGCUUCGGCAUCUGGGCUAUCGUGACGCCCGUGAUGUUGACGCCUCUAUUCUUCCUGUUUUACUAUAACCAGCGCAAAGCGCAGAAGGCCGGUCUGGUUCCCGAGCGUCACAGCCAGCGCACGGUAAUGCAAUCGAUCGCUUACUACGGCAAGGAGUUCGACGUUAUCGGUCUGCUCCUCCUUACUACUGGACUUGCCCUGUUCCUGUUGGCUUUCAAUCUGUACUCAAAGCAGCCCGACGAGUGGAAAUCUCCGCUAAUCAUCUGCUUCAUUGUCAUCGGCGGCCUCCUACUCAUCGCCUUUCCCGUCUACGAGAGAUACAUCGCUCCAGUCACGUUCAUCCCCUGGUCGCUGUUGCUCAACCGAACCGUCUUCUUCACCUACACCAUGGCCGCCAGCAUUUACCUGGCCUGGUAUCUCUGGGACACCUACUUCUACUCGAUGCUAGUUGUUGUCUUCAACCAAAGCGUCACCCAAGCGACCUAUAUCACCAAUAUAUACAGCGUAGGCUCCUGCUUCUGGGCCGUACUCAUGGGCAUCCUGAUCCGCUAUAACGGUCGCCUCAAAUGGCAAGCGCUUUACUUCGGGGUCCCCAUUACCAUUCUCGGUGUCGGUUUAAUGAUCAAAUUCCGCGAACCGGGUGUCAACAUCGGGUACAUCGUCAUGUGCCAGAUCUUCAUUGCGUUCGGCGGCGGCACCCUAGUGAUCUGCGAGCAGAUGACGGUCAUGGCCGUGUCAUCGCAGCAACACAUUCCCGCCGUGUUGGCGAUGGAAAGCAUGUUCAUUAAUAUUGGCAGUGCGGUGGGCACCACCAUCGCCACUGCGCUGUGGACGGGUAUCUUUCCCCAGAAGCUUGCCGAGUAUCUCCCCGCGGACGCGCAGUCUAACCUGGCGAAUAUUUAUGGUGACAUGACGGUUCAGGCGUCGUAUCCAGUUGGUAGUGCGGCGCGUGAUGCGAUUAACCGGUCGUAUUCGGAGACGCAGCGGUUGAUGUUGAUUGCGGCGACGUGCUUGUAUACGGUGACGCUGGCAUCGGUGAUGAUGUGGAAGGAUGUAAAUGUGAAGAAGAUCCAGCAGGUGAAGGGGCGGAUUCUGUAG